AUGAGGCGUAAAUUGGACGCGGAUGCGACCCUCGACAGAGAAUACUCUGAGUUCCUCGCGGAGUACGAGUCCUUGGGUCACAUGACUCGGCUUGAGCCGAUUGACCAGAAUCGACUGUACAUUCCGCAUCGAGCGGUCGUACGCACGGAAAGUGCAACGACCAAACUGCGCGUUGUGUUCAAUGCAACCAGCAGAACGGUCGGAGGGCGAUCCCUAAACGACGUCCUGCAUGUCGGACCAAAAUUACAGAACGAUAUCACCUCGGUUUUAACGAGGUGGCGUCUGUAUGAGUACGUUCUGGUGGCAGAUAUCGAGAAGAUGUUUCGGCAAAUCCUCGUCGCCCCACAGGACCGUCGUUUCCAAUGCAUCGCAUGGCGCGCGUCAAACGACGAAAAGCUCAAAGCCUUCGAAUUGAAUACCGUAACAUACGGUACGGCGUGCGCCCCAUAUUUAGCGAUGCGUACCCUCCUCGAAUUAAAGGAACAGGAUGGAGAGAGGUAUCCUCUCGCCGCUCCGAUCCUCGAGAGGGACAUAUACGUCGACGACGUAUUUAUGGGAGCGUCCAACAAAACCCUGCUAGAGAAAAUUCGCAAGCAAGUCUGCGAUCUCCUGCAGGGCGGUGGGUUCAAGUUGAGAAAAUGGGCUGGAAACUCCGCGAAAUUAUUGCGGAACAUCCCCCAAGGUGCUCACUCCCACGCCGUAGACCUCACUCUGUUCGACGAUUCCGAACUAAAAGUGCUUGGUCUACGAUGGAUCCCAUCCGGAGACUACUUCCAUUUCGAUCUGCAACGGUUUCAACCGUCUGCGUUACCGAUGACAAAAAGAAAUUUGUUCUCGGAGAUCGCGAAGCUCUUCGAUCCCCUCGGCUGGUUAUCACCAGUCGUAAUCCGUGCAAAAAUUCUGAUGCAGUCCCAAUGGCUGGAGAAAAUCCAGUGGGACGACCAAAUUUCCACGGACACGCAAAAAACGUGGAACACGUUUUGCAGGGAUUGGAGCAGUCUCAAAGAACUAAAAUUCCCGAGAUGGAUCCAAUACGGAGCAGACGCAGUUACUGUGGAACUACACGGAUUCUGCGAUGCAUCACUCGCUGCCUAUUCGGCCGUCACUUACUUACGUGUGACGACGAAAAAUAAUGACGUGUUUACGACAUUAAUCAUGGCAAAGACACGAGUGGCUCCGAUAAAAACACAGUCUAUCCCCGUCCUGGAAUUGAAUGGGGCUGUGUUACUUUCCGAGCUCAUAGUGCACGUGAAACGGUCAUUCCCCAUAGAAAUGAGCCGCAUAAUCUGCUGGACAGAUUCCACGAUUGCACUCGCUUGGUUGAAAAAGCAUGCGUCGACAUGGAAGGUUGUGAUAGCCAACCGUGUGUCAAAAAUUCAGACCAUGCUCCCAAAAGCUGAAUGGCGGCACGUUCCCACGCGCUUCAACCCAGCGGAUCUGAAUUCGCGAGGUGUAGAUGCCGCAGAACUCAUUCAGUCCGAAUUAUGGAUUUCCGGGCCGAAAUGGCUUCGACAAUCAGAGGAAAAUUGGCCGAAAUCGCCAGCCUCGCUCGAGACCGAGGAGGGUAAACGCGUAUCGCAUACCCUCGUGGCCACUCCGGAAAAGGAAUGGAACUUAGUUUUCCGAUUUUCCCAAUGGAGCAAGCUACAACGUGUGACUGCCUAUUGCCUCCGAUUCCGGAGGCCGGCGGUCGGAGAACGAAGGUCAUUCGAUGCAAAAGUUGUCGAAGCAGCGGAAAUGCAGCGUGCAACGGAAAGAAUUGCACGCUACUUACAGCGUACGCAUUUCGCAGAAGAGUACCGGUGCUUGAAAAAGCGCAAGGGAAUCCCUGCGACAUCUCCUCUAAAGAGCCUAAACCCUUUUCUCGACGAUAAGGAAGUCUUACGAGUGGGUGGAAGGUUGGAGAAUGCGACGCUUGCAUGGGAAACCAAACACCCGAUUAUCCUGCCGAAACAUCAUGUGUCUAACAUGAUAAUCAGGCAAUGCCACGUGGAUACGUUGCACGGGGGUUUACAAUUGACCAUGUACACGGUGAGACAGAAAUUCUGGAUCAUCGGCUGCCGAAACGCGGCACGCACGGUUAUCCACCAAUGCAUACGAUGCGUGAGAUGGCAAGCAAAUACCUCCACGCAAAUCAUGCAGGAUUUAAUACCGGAGCGCAGUCGCGCGGCACGACCUUUCUCAAACUGCGGAGUCGACUACGCGGGACCGUAUCGGGUCCGCGACUCCGCCGGUCGUGGGAAAACGGCUCAUAAAGCAUACAUAGCAGUGUUCAUCUGCUUCGCUACGAGAGCCGUGCACAUCGAACUCGUCCAUGAUUAUACGACGAGUGCAUUUCUGGCCGCAUUAGACCGAUUUAUCGCCCGCCGCGGAGUUCCGUCCUGUAUGUUCAGUGAUAACGGAACGAACUUCGUCGGAGCAGAUCGGGAAUUGAAGGAACACUUCAAUACGGUGUAUCAAACUCCAGAAAUGCGAACGAAGUGCGGUCAAAAGGGCAUUAAGUGGAGGUUUAAUCCACCCAGUGCUCCCCACUUUGGUGGUAUGCAAGAAGCCGGCGUGAAAUCGGUGAAACAUCACCUGAAACGCAUCAUCGGCGAAUUUACACCCACAAGCGAGGAAAUGCAGACACUCCUCUGCAAGAUCGAGGCGAGUUUGAAUUCGCGACCGAUCGCCGCUUUGAGUGACUGUCCCGAGGAUUAUGCCCCUCUCACGCCGGGCCACUUCCUAAUAGGCAGACCGAUGAAUGCACUUCCGGUCGAGUCAGUGGAAAAGGAAAAUCUCUCGCGGCUUACGCGAUGGAGAGCAAUCCAGAAAUUCCACGAGCAGCUCUGGAAACAUUGGACGCGAGAUUAUCUCACGCACCUCCAGAAACGCUAUAAGUGGCGCACCACCCAAGUGCAGUUAAAACCGAAUGACUUGGGUUUAGUGCAAAACCCUCUUCUCCCCCCGAAUCAAUGGGAAAUGGGACGUAUCGAGGAAUCCUUCGACUAA